AUGGCGAAGACUAAGCCAGCAAAUAAAAAGGACAAUAAACGCGACAAAUCUGCCCUCAAUCAUACCUCCGCAAAAUCUACAAAAGCCUCUUCACCGCCCGCAAGUUCAAUGGAUUUACUACUAAAAGCAACAAAAUGUCUGCAGGAAGGCGACAUUGAAGGCGCCGUGCCAUUUGCCAAGAAAGCAUUGAGCUUGGUCGAUGUACAGGCGGUUGAAGCUCUCCCAGUCUUAAAUUUAUUGGGAGAAGUUCAUGUGGAAUUGGGAGAUAUCGAUUCGGCGAGACAGUUUUUUAUGCAAGCAGCUGGAAUAGAUGAGGAUGGGGAAUUGAGCGAGGAUGUUGGAGGUGGAGCGGAGAAAUUCUUGUGGUUGGCACAGCUGAGUGAGGAGGGUGGGGAGGAUAGUGUUGGAUGGUAUGAGAAGGGAGCUGUUAGUUUGAAGGUACAAAUUGGGGCUUUGUUAGAGAAGAUGGAAAAAAACAAGUUGGAUGAAGCAGGACUUGCUACUCUAGAGGAGAAGAGGAGGAAAUUGGCAGUGGCACUUUGUGGAGUUAUCGAGGUUUAUAUGACGGAUCUAUCAUGGGAAGAGGAUGCGGAACAGAAGUGCGAGGCAUUAGUCACAGAGGCUACUAUGGUCGCACCAAACUAUUCUGAGCCAUGGCAGACAUUGGCAAAUGUCAGGAUAUCACAAUUGAGGAUGGAAGAUGCGCAAGCAGCAUUGAAGAGGAGUUUAGACAUUUGGAAAGAUUUACCUCCUGAGAAUGACGCCGUCCCGGAUUUCCCUACGAAAGUUAGUCUGGCGAGAUUAUUGAUGGAGGCGGAUAUGGACACUGAGGCUAUCGAAGUACUGGAACGUUUAGUGGGUGAGGAUGAUACCAGUGUUGAGGUCUGGUACUUGGGCGGUUGGGGAUUAUACAUUAUGGGAGAGAAACAAAAGAAUGGAGAGAACGCACAACAAGAAAUCAAUGGCGAAGGCGAGGGCGAUGGGGAAAACUGGAAAGUUUCGUGGAUUUCAAGUCAACAGUGGCUGAACCAUUGUCUUCGACUCUUCGAGCAACAAGAUUAUGAAGAUGAACGCCUUGGUGCUCACGCUCAAGAGCUUAUUUCGAUUUUGAAUACUGAGUUAGGAGAGGAGGCCGCAAACGCUGAAGUUGAAGAGGAUGGAGUAGGCUGGGAGGAGGACAGUGAUGAAGACGAAGAAAUGGCCUAA